CCAUGAUCCCGUUUAUGACCAGCAAUCUCUGUUUGUCGAGCAACUGGCACUGUUUGUCAUUCGUCACCAUGCAAGAAGCUGGCCUCUCUGGGUAACUGAUCAUAACUCAACAAUUGAGAAGACACAGCUUCUGCGCGGUGCCUCAUGCAAAGUCCAACGAUGCUUUGACCUUGCUCAAUCUUUGUUGCUAUUGUUUUUGUCGAUGCAUGUAACCGCCUCCAAGGGUAUAUAAGGUGCUCAAUUCGGUGCUCCACUUCAUCCACUCCCGCAACACUACUCGACUAAUUGCACAUUUCCUCUCGUCCCGCCAGCCCACCCAGCUUUGCCCGCUAUGACCUACGACAGCUCUUCUCGCGUGAACGUGGGCAACACCCUUGCCCCCACCUACGAAGACGCGCGCCUCUUGCUCGACUUCGCAGCGCAACACGGCGUUUCCGUCCAGUACGGGUCUAUCCCUGCGCCCGAAGUCGCCCAGACGAUGCAGCGGGUACAGACCUCACUCGAAAGCAUGGAGAUCGAUGAGAAUCCAGCCGCUCGCCUCGUCCCCGUCUUCCAGUCGAUGGACAUCACCUCAAACUUCUCGGCCGGGUCGUCGCCUUCGUCCAGCGUAUACACCCGCACACCUUCACCUGCGGUGUCAGCCUUGCCUGUACAACUUCACCCGCAUCUGCUCACCUCGCCCUCGAAGACUCGCCCCGACUUGACAUCCGCCCGGCGCGGAUGAGGGCGCGGAGUCGUUUGUCUGCACUCCUUCAAAUCAUUAGCGCCGAACGCGAAUCAGAUGGCGAAGGAGCGGAUGUGGCUUGCUCACAACGUAGUGAAUCUGUCGCAGAAUGAACUGUAGGCCGGCGGUGCCCAGCCAUCGCGAAGUGGCAUACUCUAUACAUUGUCCUAAUUCUGUCUGUGCUUGUACAUGCCAUUGUAUUGUUAUGUGUCCCCUCUACCGAACCGACCACAGAUCACAUAUAGAGUGUACAUCUGAAUCUGUCUAUUUCGAGCUACGUUCAUAUGGACUCGGAACAGCGCGAUCAGUG